AUGAAUAUUUUUUUUUAUUUUUUUUGUUGGUUCACUAUUGUUUCUAAUCAGAUUCUAUUGCUAUCCAAAGACGAACCGUUUAUCUGGAAUCUUUCACAUCCUCUCCAUUUUUCCAGUAUUGAUCAAAGAAAACGUAAAGUCAAAUUGCUGCAUCCAUAUAAUCAUUUUAACCCUUCGAAAGAAGGUAUUGACAAUGUCAAUAACAGGAGGUCUGUUAGCUAUGAUACCCAGCGAAUCAAACUACCAUUUCAAGCGAUGAAGCUGCAAAGUACAGACACAUUACAGCCACGAAUAUCGUCAGACAGUUUAGUUUAUUCUUCAUCCUCAACCUUAUAUCUGCAGCCAAAAUUACCCUUUGCAAGAUCAUAUUCAAGUAUACCUGAACAAGUUCAUGAUCCGGGUUCUAGACAGUCCCUGAAAAACAGCAAUACAAACUUUAGUUUCUCUGAACAUGAUGACUCCAUUCAAGAAUUCCUAAUAUCGCCAAUCCAAUCUGAUAUUUUCCCUUAUUCGAAGAAACCGGUCAUAAGUCCAGUUUUGGAGUCACCAGAAGCUGGUGGAGAUUCUACUAUAGUGGAAACUUCUUCGCCAUCACCCACAAAGUCUGGAACAGUCAGUCUAAAUUCAAAUGCCAUUGGGUCAAUUAUUGGAAGCUAUGACUAUAGCAAAAGCUCCUUGGAACUUGAAAAGCCAAAGCCCGUGGAAGAGCCUGUUUUCAAUAAGGAUCAUGUUAGACAGGGAUCAGAUGCAUCCACCAUAUCGAAUGGGUCAGAACAGGUAAGCAAGGAUAAGAGGUUUGUGAGAUACGCCAUGAAUACUCAAUCACCCUUGGUCAAUGCUUCUAAUAAAUGGCAGAUGUCGAAUGUAAUCAAGUGGUUGGAUAAGAAUCAAUUUAACAACUCUUGGAAAGAAACUUUUAGAAAGAAUGAAAUAUCUGGCAAUCGGUUUUUAGAAUUGGAGAAUUUUGACAAAGAGUCUAUGAUUUGGAAACAGUUUUCAAAGUUUUUACUACUUGAUGAUGAUUUGAACUCAGUCGACAGAUUUAUUGAGUUAUUACGCAAAGAAUCGUCACAUGAGUUCCAGCCACGGAAGUCGCUAGGCAGCGGCGGCGGCGGUGGCGGCGAAAUGUCACCUAUAAAUUUAAAGCACGAGAAUAGAAAGUCCACCCCUAUAUAUACCAAGCAUAUGUCCACAUCUUCAGUCUCAUCGUCAAACUCAUCGUCAUCAAUCCCAAGACCUUUAUCAUAUGUUGAUUCCAAACCAAAAGAACAGUUGUCAUCACCUUCACAUCAUCUGUUUUUCCGUAUGCAUAGCCGCAGCACAUCAAAUGAAAGCAAAGAUGCCAAAAAGAGAUACAGCUCUUUUGAUGAUAAUCGUCUUAAAAGCGUCCCUAAAAAUGAUAAAAAAAGCAACGGUAUUCUAAGCACAUUAAGAAAAUAUGGUGGUGAUAAAAUCGCAAAAAAUACAAAGCAAAGGAGCUCAUCGUAUUUCCCGUCUUUGGAUUUACCUCCACCAUUGGAAUCAGACCCUCCCGCAUUUAAUGAAAGGAAAAUUUCUGUCGACAGUGAGCGGUCACCAAAAUCUAUUAAAUCGUUUUCAGACGAUUUAAGUAUCGAUCCAAAAUAUUUCCCCACUCAACGUCAGGGAUUAGAGCUGCGAAAAUUUCAAGACAAUGAAUCGAUAACGAUUUUAGCCAGUAAAGAUAACAUUCUGUUUGUCCCCAUUGUCAUAACAGAAUUUACAAACGCUAAAUCUCAUAUCGUUAAAGCUCUUGGAUUGAUUGAUAUAGGAUCAAUUACACUACACUUGACCGAUUUUUUCCAUAAAGAAGGUGAACCUAUUCCUGAUUAUUUAAUACCAAAGGUUUUGAAACUUGAUGGCUUGCACAAGUUUUACGUUCGACAAGAGUUAAAAUCUCCUGAAGGAACAACCACUACUUUCUCAACAACAUCAUCAGACUCAAAGUCAUAUAUUGCUGACGGGAAUAAAACCUACCCUGAAACGCCACAGUACUUACUACAGGAAGAGCGAGAUAAUCUAGUGGACUAUUGGAACUUUAAAGAUUUAACAAGCAUAUCAGAAGAUCCGUCAAAAUCUCUAACUGCGACUAAACAAAAAGCUGAAUCAAAACGUACUGACACAAAGCAAAAACCAAAGGAAUUUCCAUUAAAGUUUCCAUUUGCAAACGCACCCAAGAAGGGAAAUAAAGUUCCACAGCUUCAGAUUGAUACUUCUGGGGUCAACAAUAUUUCAACAUCACCAACACUGACAGGUCAGUCAUUUAGAGUUCUCCGUAAGGAAGGUAAUGAGAUUGAUUUUGAUAAAAGGCGGAAAUCUCCGUAUGAAAGUAAAGCUCCAAAAAUUAUUGCCAACAUCUAUUCUUCUUCAGUGGCAAAUACGAAGAAAUCACCCAUAUCUACAUCAACGGUCAUGGCAUUAAAAGAUGACGUGGUGGUCCAGAGACCGGAGACAAUUAGUAGAAGCAAUUCAAUUAUAGCUAAAAGAGCUGCUCCACCGCCACCAGGUGAUCGGAGAGUGCAAAUUCAGAGACAAAACUCUAUUCUUAAAACCAGAUCUGGAUCGACAUCUACCAAGAGCGUUACUUCCGGUAGUAGUAUUGGAAGCCGGAAGGAUAAUUCAGAUUUUAUUGAUGACAAUGAUAGUGAGGAUGCAUUUUUUGUAAAGCCAUUGAAGAAAAAACAAAGAGAACUCAGUAAUAAUAAUAGUAAUAAUAAUGAUGAUGCUGAUUCUGAAGAUGAUUUUUUUGUCAAGCCCAUAAAAAAAGAAGCUGCAGAUGUUUCUGCCGGAAAAGUAGAAUUGGAUGAUCCUGAAGAGGAUUUCUUUGUCAAACCAAUUCACAAAAAGCCUUCCCAUAUGAAUGUAAGACCGCCUGUUGAGGAAGUUUAUAAUAAUUUGGAAAAGUACUUCCCGUACACAAAUUUGGACAAACCCAUUAUUGAUGACUCACCGGUAUCACCAUCGCCUCAACGAAGACCCACCAUUUCCAGGACUUUUUCAAGUGCUAAUAAGUCGCCAGUAGCUCCCACAUUAGCAGAUUCGAGAAAUGCCAAAGACGAGCAACCAUCACUCAGGGUGCGUCGUAUGAAAACAAUUAGAGGUGUUGCCAAUGAGGCUCGUCGCAAAGUUCUCCAAAUGAAACAAGCUUCGCCGCCUAAUACUUUUGCUAAUAUUACCCGGGAAAACAGUGCCAAGUUAACUAGAUCUAAUACCAAAAUGUGGGGUCAAAAAGUUGUGGAAGUGACAUCACAAGAGAUAGAGCAGGGGUUUGUGAGUAAGCUUCGUAAUAAAAACGGAUUAUACCAAGAGUAUGCGUGGAUCAAAGGUGAGUUGAUUGGAAGAGGCUCAUUUGGAGAUGUUUAUCUAGGAUUAAAUGUUACCACUGGUGAAAUGCUUGCUGUAAAGCAGGUUGUGUGCGGACGCAAUAAUAAGGAGGGUAUCGAGGCGUUGCAUAAAGAGGUUGAAACUAUGAAGGAUUUGAAUCAUAUGAAUAUUGUUCAGUACUUGGGCUACGAUCAACAGAAAAACAUAUACAGUUUGUUUCUCGAGUACGUGGCAGGUGGGUCCAUUGCUCUAUGUUUAAAGUCAUAUGGGAAAUUUGAGGAGACUUUAAUACGAUUUAUCACGAAACAGAUUCUUCUUGGUUUAGAGUAUCUACACUCAAAUAAUAUUAUUCAUCGGGAUUUGAAAGCAGACAACCUUUUGUUAGAAGUGGAUGGGACUUGUAAAAUAUCCGAUUUUGGCAUAUCUAAGAGAUCAAACGAUAUAUACGCUAACAAUGCGAACAUGUCCAUGCAGGGUACAAUUUUCUGGAUGGCACCUGAAGUUAUUGAUAGCAUGGUUGAGGGUUAUAGUGCCAAGAUUGAUAUUUGGUCGUUAGGUUGUGUGGUACUUGAAAUGUUUGCUGGGAAACGUCCUUGGUCUAAUGAAGCUGCCAUUAGUGUUAUUUAUAAAACUGGUAAGGAGAAGCUUGCUCCACCGAUCCCAGACGAUAUUGCACACUUGGUGUCUCCAGUAGCUGAAUCUUUCAUCAAUCGAUGCUUCACUAUUGACCCGAAAGAUCGUCCCACAGCCGGAGAGUUGCUCAAUGAUCCAUUUGUUAAUACCUUGGAUCAUGACUUCAAUUUUGCAAACACUAAACUUGCUGAAAUGAUAAGAUAUAAUAGUAAAAGAUUAUUUACAUGA